CGUACAUUUUACGAUGAGCAACAGAAUUAUAAUUCUGUCUGUUGAACAUUUUUUUUUAGAUUUUUAUUUUCUUACAUAAUUCGAAUUGAUGAUUCUGAAUUAAAAAAAGUGCCUUACAAAAAAAAGCAAGAAACCAUGUCUAAUUUGAUUCAAAAUCCAUUACCGUCCACAUCAUCAUCAAUACAAUCAUCAUCAUCAUCAUCAUCAUCAUCGUCAUCGAAAAUGAAACGAAAAGCGCCCGAUGGAAUUCCAGAUUCGAACAAACGAUUAGAUGCUGAAUUCAUUUGUCCGAUAUGUUUAGAUAUCUUAGAAGAGGCUCAAGUGACCAAAUGUGGCCAUACUUUUUGUUGCAAAUGUAUUACCGAUAGUCUUUCGGAAAGUAAUAAUCGUUGUCCACAAUGUACUCAUUUUGUCGAUCAAUUUUUUCCAAAUUAUUUAUUAAAUGAAUUAGCAGUGAAAUAUAAACGAAUUAAAUCUAUGGAACAGGAAUUGGCCAAAACAAAUCCAGGUAAAGGAUUAAAUGAUGUACAGAAAAUGGUUGUUGAAAAAUCCGAACAGCUUGACAUUAAAGAAAUUGAUCAAAUUUUAACCAUACUUAAUGGACGAAAAAAAGAUCUUGAAACGAAAGCUCGAAUUUCACAAAAUGAACUACUCAAAGAAUUCCUUACGAAAAUAGCACAAAAGAAAAGAGAACAAUGCAAAUUGCUUCAAUCUGAACUUUUACAAAUUGAUGAUGAUUAUAAGAGAUUAAUUCAGGUGAUGGAGAGUGAAAAAAAUUCGUCCUCACCCAACAUCAAUGAACUUUCGGAAGAAAAAGGGAUAAACAAAAAACAAACAAAUUCACCCAUUUCAUUCAAUUCAAUAACAUUUGGUGCUUGUUCACAUCAACAAGACGAUACCAGUUUCGAUAUGAAUGCCUUAUUCGAAAUGCGACGAAAGAAAAUGAAUUUCUAUUUUGAUGAUCUGGAAAAAUGUUAUCUAAAUUAUUGUAAACGUGACAAUUAUCUUGCCGACAAUUUACCAAUGGAUAGAAUGGAUGAAUUUCGAAAAGAUCUCAAUCAAUUCACCCUUUAUUCACAGAUAAGACCAUUAGCAGUAUUGAAUUAUUCGAAGGAAUCAUCCAAUAUUGUAUCAAGCAUUGAAUUCGAUAAGGAUGCUGAAUUUUUCGCUAUAGCUGGUGUUGCAAAAAAAAUCCGAAUUUUUGAUUAUGCUGACGUAAUUAAAGAAUCGUUGGGAACUUGUUAUCCAAUUAGUGAUAUUGAUUUUACAUCGAAAAUAAGUUGUUUAAAUUGGAAUUCCUAUCAUAAAGCAAUGAUGGCCUCAAGUGAUUAUGAAGGAAAUGUUAUCAUUUGGGAUGCGUUUCUUGGCCAAAAAUUGAAUCUGUUCCAAGAACAUGAAAAACGUUGUUGGAGUGUCGAUUUCAACAAAAUUGAUAGUAAUAUUGUUGCUUCUGGUUCUGAUGAUUGUACAGUGAAAUUAUGGAGUACAAAUAUGGAACUUUCUAUUGCAACAUUGAAUACAACAGCCAAUAUUUGUUCGGUGAAAUUUAAUCCAAAAAAUUUAUAUUAUCUAGCAUUCGCAUCAGCCGAUCAUAAUGUUUAUUAUUAUGAUUUACGUACGACAAAAUCACCAUUAUUAAUAUUCAAAGGACAUAACAAAGCAGUAUCAUAUGUGAAAUUUUUGAAUGAAAAGGAAAUCGUAUCAGCAUCGACCGAUAGUCAGAUAAAGCUAUGGACAACCGAACAUUCGAAUUGUAUACAUUCAUAUCGUGGACAUUUAAAUGAUAAGAAUUUUGUUGGUCUCACAACCAAUGAUGAUUUUUUCGCUUGUGGCAGUGAAAAUAAUUCAUUAUAUGUUUAUUAUAAAGGAAUUGAAAAACAAAUGCUUAGCUAUUCAUUCAAUAUCAAAUCGGAAAAAGAAGAUGUUAAUGAUUUCUGCAGCGCUGUUUGUUGGCGAAAUUUAAGUAAUGUAAUUGUUGCUGCAAAUUCUCAAGGCGUCAUUAUGAUUUUGGAACUCGUAUAACAUACGUACAUGUGCCAAUUCUCUUUUCAACUCUCUUUCUCAAUAUAAUUGAUUUAAUUUUUUUGCAUCAAAUUGAAAUCUCAACAACAAUGAAUGGAAGAAAACAUUAAGAAAUUGGUUGCCUUUAAAUAUUCUCGAACAUUUUGACGAAUGAAUAAUGUAUGAAAUCUGAUUGAAGAUAUAUAAUCGAUAAAUAAAAUGAUAAAGUUGAAUUAAUUACAAACAACUAUAUAUA